CACUCUUAUUUAUUAUAACGAUGUUUUCAUUUUAAGAAAAAAGAAGCAUCUUACUCGCAGCUUGUUGCCAGUGCAGGAUGAGGACUCUGUUUUGAAUCAACAGGGACAAAAGAAACGCCACGCAAAGCGUCGCUUCAGCUGCCUGAUCUCAUUUUCCUAAAUUUCAGAGCUAAUUCAUCCGGACUGAGUCAAAAUGCCGCAGCCUGAAACCCAGCAGACAACUCAGACACCAGCGACAGAAAUACUGGAUCCAGCAGUUCACUACCUGCGUCGGAGGAAAACAGCCCUGUGGGUGACGGUGUCUCUGCUGGCUCUGUCUCUGGUGGUGAUGGCUGUGGGUCUGAUCUCUGCCACUCGCACCGACAACGUGCCUGUGGCUGGAUAUUACGCCGGCAUCGCCCUGAGUUUUGGAGCAUUUCUGGGUAUUGUUGGCAUCCACCUGUUGGAAAACCGCAGACCCAUGCUCGUGGCAGCGAUCAUAUUCAUCAGUAUCGGAGUCAUCUCGUCUUUCUUCUGUGCCAUUGUUGAUGGGAUCAUCGCUUCAGAGUUCAUUGACAUAAGGCCUUUGCAGGAGAACAUGUGUGACUUUUACGCCAGUGGAGCGGGCUACGCCUACGACAGCUACUAUACUGAGGUGACGUGCCGUUCGUAUGAAAAAACAUGCAAGCUGAAGCUGAGGAGCAACACCUGCUACUGCUGCUACCUGUACAACUGUGACAGCACAAAUUACCACACACAGUAUUACGCGUUCACCGGGGUCAGCAGCUGCUGGGACGUGAUCCACCUGCACCGUCUGCUGUGGGCCUCAGUGGUGCUCAACGUGAUCAGCUUGUUCCUGGGCAUCAUCACCGCCGCCCUCCUCGGAGCAUACAAGGAUGUGCAGAAGCCGACUCUUCAGAUUGCUCCCAGCCCCACACCCCCACCCCACAUCCUGUACAACCCGACCCAGCACAUGCUCACCUACGCUGGCUUCUGCCCUUCAGGACAGAGUCUGCCUACCUACCCCAACUAUCCAAUACCUAUGCAGCACAACAGCAGCUAUCAGCAACCUGCUACUCCCCAGAUGAUCCCUGAGGGAGGCCAUGCCUCCAACUCCUGCCUGUCUGAGGAGAACCAGCAGCAGCCCUCUCAGGCGCCCACCCAGCCACAGCCUCAGGGAACCACACAGGAACCGGGGGGCUACAUGCUGACACCCAACGCUCCUGUCCUCUACGGAUCCGCCUAUAGCCCCUUUGAAAAACCGCCACCUUACGCCUGCUGAGCCCAGAGACAAACAUCUGGGGCAUGUUGGAGAAGAAAUAUCUGGUCAGAGUGAAAGUAGCACAAGACAUUUCAUAGGUGACCUUGUAGACGGAAACCCCCUCAGUGAGCUCCACGACUACUCUGUACUGAUAGAAAUGCUACAUUUCCUGUGGUUGCACUGAGGAGAGACACAGAUUUAUAACUAUGUAGUGUGAUUAUAAAAACAUGAUUACGUUAUUUCAUGUGUAUUCAUCAAAAGAACAGUUUGGGAAAUAUGCUUAUUUGCUUUCUUGCGGGGAGUUAGAUGAGAAGAUUGAUACCACUCUGAUAUCUCUUGGUGAAUAUGAAGCUACAGCUGGCUAACUUAGCUUAGCACAAAGACUGGAAACUGCUAAACCGGCCUAAGCACCUCUAAAUCUCACUAAUUAACACGUUAUAUCUCGUUAGUUUGUGGUAAACUGGUCAUGUGCAGGACUAUUUAUUGGUGGCAGUUGCCAGGCAACCGGCAAAGACUCCAGGAAGUUACUGCUCAUCUCACUCUCAGCAAGAAAGCAAAUAAGCACGUUUCCCCAAAUGUUUUUCUUUAAGCCUAAAGCUGGCCUUCAGAUGCUUACAUGUUACAUAUAUGUUAACUAUUGAAUACGUGUAUAGUAGUACACUUGACUGUGAUCUGAUAGUUGUUUAUGUUCUAACUUGUAGAUUACAGGUCUUUCUGCAUAUUGUCUCACUAUACUAGACUAAUGUAUGAGCAAUUAAAAGGGCUUUCUUGAAAUGUGAA